UUUUUAUACACCGACGGGUGGAAGGCGGGGAGGCUGUAAAGACCGGCUGUAAAGGCACUCCCGCUGCCUCUUGUUCUCUGCCGUCGUCGUGUGCAUAUAUAAAAUGUGCGCCCAGAUGCAGUUUAUGUUGCUUUUUAGUCGUCAAGGGAAGCUGAGACUUCAGAAAUGGUAUGUCCCAUUAUCUGACAAAGAAAAGAAGAAAAUCACAAGAGAACUUGUUCAAACAGUCUUGGCCCGUAAACCGAAAAUGUGCAGUUUUCUGGAGUGGAGGGACCUGAAGAUUGUCUACAAAAGAUAUGCAAGUCUCUACUUUUGCUGUGCCAUUGAAGAUCAGGAUAAUGAGCUAAUAACCCUGGAAAUAAUUCACCGUUACGUGGAAUUGCUUGAUAAAUACUUUGGAAGUGUAUGUGAACUUGAUAUCAUCUUCAAUUUUGAGGAAGGCUUAUUUAUUUUGGAUGAAUUUCUUUUGGGAGGGGAAGUACAGGAGACCUCAAAGAAAAAUGUUCUUAAAGCCAUUGAACAAGCAGAUCUAUUACAAAGGAUGCUAAAGAAGCGGAAACCCCUCGUAGUGUACUCGAAGAAAUUGGACUGACAUAAACUUCCUCCUUUGCUGAUGUCUUGUGUGAUGUUUUCGCAUAACUAAUGUUCACUGCCUUCAUUUAUUGUUAGCUAAUGGUGUUAUGAUGCUAUUUGUCAGUAUUACUGUUCUGCUGAGCUACAUCUUUUAGGCCAACAAGAAAAAAAUCCAUUUACUGUAAAAUUUAAAAACAAGGGAAUGAAAGGUUUAAAAACAUUUUUCCUUGGGGGGAAAGGGAUAUUUCAGUGAUUUAAGCCACAGUAAUUUACAAGCGUUGAUGAGUCAUGGAUGGCAAUUUUAGUAAUUAUAUUUUGUAAAAUGCCAUACAUAAUGUAUCAAGUACUGUACAUUAUUUCAUACACUGAAAAGAAACAGUUCCAUAUGACAACCAGUCAAAAUGUGUUAAUUUGAUUUUGUGUAACCAAAGACUUUUACUAUAAAGUCAGCAUUUGUUAUACUCAGUUUAGGUUGUUAGAUUGGGGAGAAACAACUGUUUUUGCAGCUGUUCACAAUACCAAAGAAUUCUAUUGAGAUCUGCAAGUCCAAGGUCUGUUGUGAGACGUUAGUUGCUUUAUUUCUAGCAACAGGGUUGUAAACAGAACUUGUAUCAGAAUGAAAUUGUACAGUGUGAAAUUCAGCCAGAAAACUGAGUUAAUGUACAAAGGGAACACCAGCUGAGGCUACAUGGAAUUUUCUUUGUUA